GAGAUUGUUCCAAAUAUUGCGUCUAAGAAAAUACAACGAAAACAUUGUGAAGGCUACUGAUACUUUCAUAUAUAUAAACGAAAACAAUAAAAAAGGGCAGGACCAAAACAGCAGGCUUUAAGAGCCUAUGAAGAACAAUUGAAUUUAUUGAAUAUCAAACGAUCGUGUGAUCUGCUAACGAUUCCAGAUUAACCUAUAAUAUAUAGGUUAAAUCUGUUUUUUUUCUUUUUGUUUUUAAAUAUCUUUUUAGAAUUGGUAUUUUUCUUUAAUUGAUAAACCAAAAUGGCCGAUGAUAAAGAUGCAGAAAAGGUCCGCAAAGAAAAACUUCGUGAAAAAAAUGAAAAACGUCAGGAGUUUCUGUGGAACUACAUAAUGAAGACAAUGCGUUUGAAGCAGGAGAAGUGGAAUAAAAUGAUAACGACAAAUGAAUUUAGGGAUAUUGUUAAUGAUUUCCUCAGUGAUCCGUUUAACGAACGUAUAAUAUUUUACUUGAAUUCAGCAUCCCUACUAGUGCCCAGUAACAGUUUUCCACUAAAGCCACGCAGUAAAAUCGUCUAUUUCAUACGCACUGAGCUGCCCUCCGAUUUGGAAGAGGAGGAUAUGAAUGACAAACUAACGUAUGGUGAUGUUUUACAUAAUGUAUUGGAAAACUUAUCGGUGCUUUGUGACGAAGUCAUCUUUCCGCUACUCAAUAAUCCAGCCAAUCAAGAUGGGUGGACUUCAGUUAUUAUUAAUGAUAUGAAAACAGAAGCUCAGGACUUACGUAGUGGCAUUGCACAAAUGAAAGGACUUGUUAUAAAUCGCACCAUACUCCCACUUCCGAUUUGUAUUGAUGCUGUGAUGGAUGCAGCACCAAAAAUUGCAUUAGGUGAUACAUCAAAAAUUAGUGAUGUGGUAAAGCAUUCCUUAGAGUUUAUGGUUGUAAAAUGGCUUGAUUCGGUUGAAGAUUUGGUUAACACGAAAGCAGAUCAAAAAAUUUUCAAAGGAGAGGAAUAUCCAAAACCAGAAUCUUUAUUUGCAUUUUGGGAUGCUCGUCUAGACAACUUGGAAAACUUGACAGAUCAAUUAGGUGACAAACGAAUUAAAACUAUUGGAUUUGUUUUAGAAGCAAUUAAAUCAGUUUUUGAGACCACAUUUCGAAAGAUUGUAGAACUGGUUUUGGAAGCUUUAGAAGAGGCCAGGGAUAUCACUUGUUAUUUAAUGCCAUUGAAAAAACUUAUUGAUAAAUUUGAAUCUGAGGAUAUGGAUGAGAAUCGAGAGAAUAUACGUCCUUUAUUACUUACAUUGGGCUUAGUAUGGGGUUGGUCAAAAUACUUUCAUACCUUGGAUAAUAUGACCUUAAUGUUCAAUUUGAUGCAUAAUACAAUUAUUGAAUGCUCUAUACGCACAAUUGAGCCUGACUCCAUAUUUCAAGGAGACAUUGAUGAAGCUUAUCGAAAACUCACUUUAAAUAUAGAACACUUAGAUUAUUAUAAAAAAACGUACAAUGAUUGUCGUAGUUGCAUUAAAAUGUUCAAACUCAAUACGAAAUAUAAUUCCCAAGAUUGGACAUGGCAUCCAAAGACCAUAUUCGAACGUUUUGAUCGUUACAUGGAUCGCUUAAAACAAUUACAAGAUCUCUUUAACACUGGUCGAGAUUUUACGAAGCUGGAAAAAGUAACCGUUGGCGGUUUAAAAGCACGUCAAAUAAAUUCUGCAUUAGAGAAAAUUUUAGAACAAUACACGAACAACUAUCGUGAAUGGACCAACAUUCAAUAUAAUCCACUAGAUCCUGAUGCUGAGCAUUCACUUUUUGAUGCUGAUUUUGCGGAAUUUAAUGCAAAAACCGAUGACCUCGAACGAAAAAUAGCAUUUCAGUUUGAAAAAGCCCUUUGGGACUCACAUGACUUAAUGCUGUGUGGUACGUUACUUUUAAGGCCGAUCAUAAAAGAACAAUUGGAACCUCAUAUGCAUAUACUGAUAGAUGACUUUGCCGAAGAGAUCAAAGCGGUUAAAGUCGAUUUCAAUGAAUUCAGGAGAGUAUAUCUAGCAUCUGGAUUCAAAGGUUUAUCUACGGAUGGUUGCUUUCCUAAAGUCGCUGGUGCUAUCUCCUUUUUGAGGAAACUGCGGCAUAGAAUAACUUGGAUGUUUACCGACUAUCAGCUUUAUGAAUUUCCUAUUUUCGAUAACGAUCAUGGCCAACAGACCUUGCUUAUCUACCAACAAAUGCUGGAUGAAAUCGAUGGUUUAAUUGCAAAAAUGCUUAAGGACUGGGAAGCAUCUGUUGGAGCUAGCAUUGAUGAAGGCAUCAAUGAAACUCUCUUGAAAAGGGAUGAAGACGGAAGAAUUGUAGUUAACUUUACAGAUGAACUAGAACUAACUUUAAAAAAUAUAAAAGUUUUACGUAUAAUGGAGUAUGAAAUACCGGAAGGAGUAUUGGAGUUUGCAGCAAGAGCUGAAGAGUUCUGGGAAGCAAGAGUUAAACUUAUGCGUAUUGCCGAAUGGUACAAUGAUAUAUACGAUCGCGCUCAACCGGAUGAAAUGGCUCUAAUAGAAGCAGAACUAAAAAUAUAUGAAGCUUUGAUGGAACCACUACUAGAGACUGUUACAUGGGUAUCAUUCGAUCAAAGAUACAUAAAUAGAAAUCAUCGUAAAUUUGGUAAUUUACAUAAACGUCUUGUAAAGGCCCAAGGCAACUUAGAUGAAAUUAAACGUAGCAUUAAUUCUUGGGGAAAGGUUCCUUUAUAUCAACGCAAGGAGUUAAAUCCUAAAUUUUUGCUUGAAACGGAUCCUCAAGAGGUAAUUAUGGCCAAUCGUUCUGCAGAAGCACGAAUAACACAAAAACUAAUUGAUUUAUUAAUGUAUGAAAACUUGAAACUAUUUCUUAAUAUUCCUAAACCUGAUGAUUUUAUGAGUGAUUUCGACGAAGAAGAGGAGGAAGAAGAAGAAGAGGAAACGCCUGCUAAGGAAGAAGACGACAAAAAGGGAAAAAAGAAGAAAAAAAAGGAGAAAGAAAAAGAGAAAGAAAAAGCAAAAGAGGUCAAAAUAGAAGAACUAUUAGCAAUGGAUUAUGCAUUGACUGAUGAGGAACUUGAAGAGGAAGAGGAAGAAGAGAAGAUAAUUACAAUGCUCACCACAUAUGAAUUACUCCAAACACUUUCUGAAGAAGAACGUGACCUAUUUUAUCAGUAUCUACUUUAUGUAGAUGAAGUUAUAUGUGAUGAAUUGAUGGACGCUGUUCUCACAAGCGUUUCAUACGUUCGCAUGGAAAUUGACAAUCGCUACGGGAAUGAUGCCCCAAUUUUCGAAAUCAGAAUGGAAUUACAGGAGCCAACAGUGUGUUAUUUUUUAAACUUAGAUGUUAAUUCACCAUAUGGUUUCAAUUUUCACGUUGAAUCUUUAUUGGAGGAUAUGGAGCUUAUGAGUACAAUGUUACAAAAAGUGGCGCAAGAUCCACCAGAAGUGAAUCCAGAUAUGGAUGACUACAGAGAUAUCAUACGCCAGAAUGCAGAAUUAGGUAGGCAAAAAACCGAUAUAAUGAGCAAAGUGAAAAUUGGUUUGCAAGCAAUAAAAACAUACACUAAAAAGUUUAUGGACUUUGCAUAUAUUUGGAUUUGGGAUAAGCAAUUAUACUUAGCGGAAUGUAAAAAGUAUGGACGUCCCCUAACUGUAGCAGAACGUGAAAGUGAGUUAGAAGGAAGAAAUGAUAUGGGAUUGAAACCACUAAAGGAUGACCAAAACCCUCCAUUGAGUAUAUAUAAGGAGCAGCUUGAUAAAUUUAUUGCUUUGGAUGAAAAGAUUCAGACAUGGGAAAGUUACCAUGAUUUCAAUGUUUGGUUACGCUUGAAUUUAAAGGGCUUUAAGGGGGGCGUACUAAAUGAAGUAGCCAAAUGGAUAAGUGUUUUCAAAACCGACCUUAUUGACAGAGUUAAAAACUCAUUAAAAGAACUUGAGGACUUUUGUGCCGAAGCAAAUGAUGCGAUGAAAAUUGAAUUACAAAAAGAUGACUUCGAUGGACUUCUUAAAAUUCUUUCUGUUCUUAACACAAUUAACGAGAAACAAUAUUUUUAUGAUUCAAUGUUCGAUCCACUACGUGAAAUUGUCGAAAUGCUUAAAGGGUACAACUAUGAGUUCAAGGACACAGUGAUCGCACAGUUAAACGAAUUACCUGAAGUUUGGAAUAAAGUCAAAAAACAAGCUGCCAUUACCAAACAAUUAAUAGCACCCAUUCAAAGCUAUCAAGUCGACUUAAUUGAAAAGCGCAUCAUAUUAUGCGAUAACAUGGCAAAUACUUAUCGAAAGAAGUUUCUUAAAAAGAAGUUUUUCCGUGCCAAAUGUGAAAACCCAUAUGAACUUAUCGAUGAAGCUGAUGCUGAAAUUAUAGUUUUAGAGGAACGUCAAAAACAGCUCAAAGAAUCCGCUAAUCUAUUUUCGUUACAAGGUCCUGAUCCAUCCAAAAUAGAACGAUGCCGCCGUGACUUACAACUACUGAAAAUUAUGUGGGAUUUUGCUAUUACAAUUUCAUCAACUAUUGAUGAUUGGAAACGCACACCUUGGAAACAAAUUGAUGUCGAGGGUUUAGAUCAAGAAUGUAAAAAAUUCGGUAAGGAACUUCGCGGCUUAGAUAAAGAGAUGCGGGGCUGGGAGCCAUACAUUGCUGCUGAAGCCUCUUUAAAGAAUCUUAUGACUUCAUUGCGUGCUAUCACAGAACUGCAAAAUCCAGCUAUACGCGACCGUCACUGGGCAGAACUUGUGCAAACUACGCAAGUUAAAUUUAAACUGGAACCUACUACAACUUUAAAAGAACUAAUCGAUUUGAACUUACACAACUUCGAAGAAGAAGUCAAAAAUAUUGUUGACAAAUCUGUCAAAGAGCAAGCAAUGGAAAAAAUAUUAAAAGACUUACAAAACACUUGGGCGACAAUGGAAUUCCAAAACGAAGUUCAUGAACGAUCAGGCUUGAAAUUGUUAAAGGCAACAGAAGAAAUGAUCGAAACACUAGAAGAUCAUCAAGUACAGUUGCAAAAUAUGGCUUCAUCCAAAUACAUAGGGUAUUUCCAGCAGGAAGUUAACAGUUGGCAAAUGAAACUUUCUAAUGCAGAUCAAAUUAUAGGUUCUUGGUUUGAAGUUCAACGAAAAUGGCAAUAUUUGGAAAGCAUAUUCAUUGGUUCAGAAGAUAUACGCUCACAGCUGCCAGAGGAUUCAAAACGGUUUGAUGGCAUUGAUCGGGACUUCAAACAACUUUUAAACCAAAUGAAUGCUGAUCGCAAUGUUGUUCGUUCAACGAAUAGACCAGGCAGUAAGUUAUACGAUCAGCUUGAAGCUCUACUCAAGCAACUAAUGUUGUGUGAAAAAGCAUUAAAUGAUUAUUUGGAAACUAAAAGGUUGGCAUAUCCCCGUUUCUAUUUCGUUUCUUCUGCCGAUUUAUUAGAUAUAUUGUCGAAUGGCAACAACCCAAAGAUGGUAUGCAGACAUCUAACUAAACUGUAUGAUUCGCUUGGAAAACUUAAUUUUCUAGCGGGUACUAAAAUGGGUAUCGGUAUGGUGGCUAAAGAACUCGAAGAGUUUGUUCCAUUUUUACAGAAUUGUGAUUGCUCUGGGAAAGUGGAAGUUUGGCUCAAUCGUGUCACUGACAAAAUGCGAGAAACUCUACGGGAUCAGUUUCGCCGAGCCGUCAUUGCUUACGAAGGUAAAGCACGUCAUGUGUGGAUAUUUGAAUGGCCUGCACAACCUGCUUUAGUGUCAACUCAAAUUUGGUGGACCACAGAAACUAAUGAAGCUUUUUCCAAAGUACAGCAACGUUAUGAAAAUGCUAUUAAAGACUUCAACAAAAAGCAAGUGACACAACUGAAUAAUCUCAUUACACUGCUACUAAGUGAUCUAACAGCUGCAGAACGACAAAAAAUCAUGACGGUGUGCACUAUUGAUGUGCACAGUCGUGACGUCGUUGCCAAGAUCAUAGCUCAAAAAGUGGAAGUCGCAACAGCAUUUCAAUGGCAAAGUCAGCUGCGUCAUCGUUGGGAUCAGAAGUACGAUGACUGCUUUGCCAACAUAUGUGAUGCACAGUUUAAGUACGAUUACGAAUAUUUAGGUAAUACACCACGUUUGGUUAUUACUCCAUUAACCGAUCGUUGCUACAUAACACUGACACAGUCGUUGCAUUUAGUGAUGGGUGGUGCACCGGCUGGACCAGCCGGUACAGGAAAAACUGAAACUACCAAGGAUCUGGGUCGUGCUCUAGGAAUGAUGGUUUAUGUAUUUAACUGCUCAGAACAAAUGGACUACAAAUCUUGUGGUAACAUACAUAAGGGAUUAUCACAGACUGGCGCUUGGGGUUGUUUUGAUGAAUUUAAUCGCAUUUCAGUGGAAGUGCUAUCUGUUGUGGCGGUACAAGUAAAGUGUAUUCAAGAUGCUAUUAAGGCUAAAAAAAUAAUGUUCAAUUUUCUCGGGGAACUCAUUGUUUUACGUCCAACCGUUGGUAUGUUUAUAACCAUGAAUCCUGGCUAUGCCGGACGCGCAGAAUUGCCAGAAAAUCUAAAAGCUUUGUAUCGUCCGUGUGCUAUGGUUGUGCCUGAUUUUGCAUUGAUUUGUGAAAUUAUGUUGGUUGCUGAAGGUUUCCAGGAGGCACGUUUAUUAGCACGCAAAUUUAUUACACUUUAUACGCUGUGCAAAGAAUUAUUGUCGAAACAGGAUCACUACGAUUGGGGCUUAAGAGCUAUUAAAUCCGUACUUGUCGUAGCAGGUGCCUUAAGGCGCGACGAUCGUCAACGUCCCGAAGAUCAAGUACUUAUGCGUGCUCUACGUGAUUUUAAUAUCCCAAAAAUUGUAACAGAUGAUGUUCCAGUAUUUAUGGGUUUAAUUGGAGACUUAUUCCCCGCUUUAGAUGUCCCGCGAAAACGUAAUCCGGAAUUUGAAUCCACUAUUAAGAAGUCCGCACUAGACUUACGACUACAGCCUGAAGAUGGCUUCAUACUAAAAAUUGUACAGCUCGAAGAAUUAUUUGCAGUACGUCACUCUGUAUUUAUCAUUGGUUUUGCUGGUACUGGUAAAUCUGAAGUUUGGAAAACUUUAAAUAAAACAUAUCAAAACCAAAAACGGAAGCCACAUUAUAAUGAUCUGAAUCCUAAAGCUGUGACUAAUGAUGAACUGUUCGGUAUAGUGAACCCAUCUACAAGAGAGUGGAAAGAUGGACUCUUUUCCAUAAUAAUGCGUGAUCAAGCUAACUUGGGUGGUACUGGUCCGAAGUGGAUAGUUUUGGAUGGUGACAUCGAUCCAAUGUGGAUUGAAAGUUUAAACACCGUAAUGGAUGAUAAUAAAGUAUUGACAUUGGCAAGUAAUGAGCGCAUCGCACUAACAAAAGAAAUGCGACUUCUAUUCGAAAUUGCAAAUCUAAGAACUGCAACACCGGCUACAGUUUCACGUGCUGGAAUUUUGUAUAUUAAUCCACAAGAUUUAGGCUGGAGCCCAUUUAUCAGAUCCUGGCUAAAUACACGCACAAAUCAAAGUGAAAUGUCUACUUUAAAUGUGCUUUUUGAUAAAUAUAUACCACCAAUGCUAGAUGUGUUUAGAUUGCGGUUAAAAAAAAUUACGCCCAUAUCCGAUAUAGCUAUGCUGCAGAUGACAUGCUUCCUGCUCAAUUGCAUGUUGAUACCACAAAAUGUGCCUUCCGAUUGUCCAAAAGAUUGGUAUGAGAUUUAUUUUGUUUUCUGUCUUAUUUGGGGGUUCGGUUCAACAUUAUUUCAAGAUCAAAUUAUCGAUUGGCGUAAUGAAUUUAGUAAAUGGUUUUCAAAUGAAUUCAAAACAGUGAAAUUCCCUCCUGGCGGUAACAUUUUCUCAUAUUACGUUGAUCAUGAAACAAAGGCUUUCUUGCCCUGGACAAAUUUGGUUCCAUCAUUCGAGUUAGAUCCUGAUGUGCCACUACAAUCCAAUCUUGUACAUACAUCCGAAACUACACGUUUGCGUUAUUUCGUGGAUAUAUUAAUUGCCGACGAUCAUCCAAUUAUGUUAAUUGGUGCUGCCGGUUCUGGAAAAACUAUUAUAAUGAAUUUCAAAUUAAACGCUUUACCAACAGAUAAAUAUGCUAUUACUAAUGUACCAUUUAACUUCUAUACCACUUCGGAAAUGUUACAACGUAUUUUAGAGAAGCCACUUGAAAAGAAAGCUGGACGAAAUUAUGGACCACAAGGUAGCAAACGUAUGCUAUAUUUCGUGGAUGAUAUGAAUAUGCCAGAAGUGGAUAAAUACUAUACAGUACAACCUCAUACAUUAAUACGUCAGUUUAUGGAUUAUCGUCAUUGGUAUGAUCGCGUAAAAAUGACUUUACGUGAUAUACAUAACUGUCAAUUUGUGUCCUGCAUGAACCCAUCGGCUGGCUCAUUUACAAUAAAUCCUAGGUUGCAGAGGCAUUUCUGCUCAUUUGCUGUCAAUCAACCGAGUGCAGAUGCCUUGUUCCAUAUUUUAAAUUCAAUAUUAUCACAACAUUUGGAUAAUCAUAUACAUAAAUUCGACAAACAUGUUAAAAAUAUGUGCGAAACCUUGGUGCUUACGGCAAUUGCACUCCAUCAAAAAGUUGCUGCCACAUUUCUGCCAACUGCCAUCAAAUUUCAUUACAAUUUUAAUUUACGUGAUAUUUCAAACAUAUUUACGGGUGUUUUAUAUGCAAAUCAUGAGACUUGUCCAAAUCAGAAUCAACUUUUGCGCUUGUGGACACACGAAUGCAACCGUGUGUAUGGUGAUAAAUUAGUUGAUCAGUCAGAUAUAUCGACAUACAAUAAACUUAUAAUGGAUAUGGUACGUAAAGGUGUGGAAGGCUAUACUGAGGAUAUUGUAUUCAAUAAGCCCCAUAUAUACUGUCAUUUCGCAAAAGGUUUAUCAGACAGUAAAUAUAUGUCCAUAUCAGAUUGGGACCGUUUAAAUAAACUGCUUGUUGAGGCACAAGAGCGAUAUAAUGAUUUUGUUGGUGCUAUGAAUUUGGUGCUGUUUGAAGACGCCAUGUCACAUGUGUGUCGCAUUAGCCGUAUAGUGGAGUCUACUCGAGGCUAUGCUUUAUUGAUUGGUGUAGGCGGUUCUGGUAAGCAGUCACUUACUCGCUUAGCAGCCUUUAUUGCCGGACUAGAUGUAUUUCAAAUACAACUAACAAAGGAUUAUAGCGUUAAUGAUCUUAAAUCUAAUAUUGCUACCUUGUAUAUGAAAUGUGGCGUUAAAACUAGUCCUUGUUGCUUUUUAAUGACUGAUUCUGAAGUGGCCAGAGAACAAUUCUUGGUUUUGGUUAAUGAUUUACUGGCAUCCGGAGAAAUACAUGAACUGUUUCCAGAUGAUGAAAUUGAGAACAUUGUCAAUGCAGUACGUAAUGAAGUUAAGCAAUUGGGUAUUUAUGAUUCACGUGAAAAUUGUUGGAAGUAUUUUAUUGAGAAGGUGCGGGGAUUGUUAAAGGUAGUAUUGUGCUUUUCCCCAGUAGGAACGACUUUGCGUGUACGUGCACGUAAAUUUCCGUCACUAGUAAAUUGCACAACUAUUGAUUGGUUCCACGAAUGGCCUAAAAAUGCUCUCGAGUCUGUAUCGCAAAGAUUCUUAUCAGAAAUACCCGUGCUACCCAAAGCUUUAGCAGCACCUAUUUCAAAAUUCAUGGCCUAUGUACAUAAAACUGUUAACGAUAUAUCGGUCACAUAUUUUCUUAACGACAAACGUUACAACUAUACCACACCUAAAUCUUUCUUAGAGCUGAUUAGUUUGUUUAGCAAGCUAUUAAGGGAAAAAGUAAAAGCCAAUCAAGAAAGACGUACCCGUUUGGAAAAUGGUCUUAUUAAGUUGGCUAGCUGCUCAAAAGAAGUUGAUCUUUUGCAAGACGUUUUAAAAGUGCAAGAAGUUGAACUGAAGAAGAAAAAUCAAGAAGCAGAUAAUUUAAUUAUAGUGGUAGGUGCUGAAAACGAAAAAGUUUCCAAAGAACGCGCUUAUGCUAGUAAAGAGGAAAAGAAUGUACGUCAAAUUGAAGAGGACGUAACUGCAAAGGCUAAAGUAUGUGAAGAGGAUUUUCGUAAAGCCAUGCCAGCACUAAUAGCCGCACAAGAAGCGCUGAACACCCUCAAUAAAAACAAUUUAACAGAAUUGAAGUCCUUUGGUUCACCACCUGAGGCUGUUGUCAAUGUAUGUUCAGCAGUAUUGGUUCUAUUUGCACCAAAAGGCAAAAUACCAAAAGAUCGUAGCUGGAAAGCGUGUCGUGUAAUUAUGGGAAACGUUGACAAAUUCCUUGGAGAUUUAGUUAAUUAUGAUAAAAAACAUAUACAUCCUGAUGUUAUAAAGGCUUUAACGCCAUAUGUCAGUGAUCCAGACUUCAACCCAGAAAAAAUCAUGUCAAAGUCAGCAGCUGCAGCUGGCUUGUGCUCGUGGGUUAUAAAUAUUAAUCGCUUCUAUGAAGUGUACUUAAUUGUCGAGCCCAAAGAAAGAGCACUUGCUGAUGCUGAGCGUGAAUUAAGAGAGGCACGAGAAAAGCUUCAAUCCUUAAAUGCACAACUGACUGAACUUGAAGAACAAUUAAAUGUAUUACAAACGCAAUAUGAUGAAGCUUUGGCUAGAAAACAAAAGUGUCAAGAUGAAGCUGAUAAAACAGCCUUUACCAUUGAUAUAGCCAACAGAUUGAUCAAUGGUUUAGCAUCCGAGAAAAUACGUUGGAAUGAUUCUGUACAAAACCUUAAGACAAGUCAAAUAACACUACCUGGAGAUAUACUUCUGAUAUCAUGUUUUAUAUCGUAUGUGGGUUGCUUUACUCGCAGUUAUCGCGUUGAACUACAAAACAAAAUGUGGAAACCAACCUUUAAAGCCAGUGAACCAAAAAUUCCUUCAACUGAGGGCAGUGAUCCAUUUGACAUGAUUUGUGAUGAUGCUCAAAUCGCUGAAUGGAAUAAUCAAGGCCUGCCAAGUGAUCGGAUGUCUUCAGAAAACGCAGCAAUUCUAGUACAGUCAGACCGUUAUCCACUAAUGAUAGAUCCGCAAUUGCAAGGGAUUAAGUGGGUCAAGCAGAAAUACUCACACAAUUUGGUGGUGUUACGUCUAACGCAGAAAGGUUAUUUGGAUAACAUUGAAAAAGCCGUACGAAGUGGCAACGUAUUAUUAAUUGAAAACAUUGGUGAAAACGUAGACGCUGUACUUAAUCCACUUUUGGGUCGUAUGCUUAUAAAGAAAGGCACUUGUUUAAAGCUAGGUGACAAAGAAAUCGAUUUCAAUCCCAAAUUUCGUUUAAUAUUACACACUAAACUGGCAAACCCACACUACAAACCUGAAAUGCAAGCGCAAUGUACGUUAAUUAAUUUUACUGUCACUCGUGAUGGCUUAGAGGAUCAACUUUUGGCCGAAGUAGUCAAAGCUGAACGUCCAGAUUUGGAACAAUUACGUACGCGCUUAACACAACAACAAAAUCAGUAUAAAAUCACAUUGAAAUUUCUUGAAGAUGAUCUCUUGCAGCGUCUAUCGUCCGCAGGUGAAAACGUUUUAGAGGACGUAACGCUUGUUAUGAACUUAGAAAAAACUAAGAAAACUGCCGAUGAAACUGAAAUCAAAGUGGCUGAAGCUAAGGUUACUGCUGCUCAAAUUGAUGCCGCCCGUGAAUCUUACCGUCCAGCUUCGGAGCGCGCUUCAAUCAUUUAUUUUAUACUAAAUGAUUUGUUUAAGAUUAAUCCAAUCUAUCAGUUUUCGUUAAAGGCAUUCACUGUUGUAUUUGCAAAUGCCAUGGCGCGUGCUGAACAAAGUGAAAAACUAAAGGAGCGUGUGGAAAAUCUUAUUGACUCCAUUACUUAUUGCAGUUUUAUGUAUACUUCACGUGGAUUAUUUGAACAGGACAAACUCAUAUUCCUUACACAGAUGACUGUACAAAUUCUGGUGAAUGCAGGAGAAGUUGAGCCAAACGAACUAGAUUUUCUACUACGUUUCCCCUACAUGCCAAAUGUCACAUCCAACUUUUCAUUUAUUACAAAUGUUGGUUGGGGUGGAAUACGUGCUUUAAGUAAUAUUCCAGUCUUCAAGGGACUUGAUAAAGAUAUUGAAGGAUCCAAUAAACGUUGGAAAAAAUUCGUUGACUCAGAGUGUCCAGAGCGAGAAAAAUUUCCAGGAGAAUGGAAAUCAAAGACUCCUGUUCAAAGACUUUGCAUAAUGAGAUGCAUACGUCCUGAUCGCAUGUCAUACGCAGUUCAAGUUUUUAUUGAGGAGCGGCUUGGCUCUAAAUAUAUUGAUGCACGCUCAGUAGAUUUUGCUAAGACUUUUGAAGAGAGUUCACCCGAAACACAUAUAUUUUUCGUUCUCUCUCCUGGUGUAGAUCCGCUUAAAGAUGUUGAAAAACUAGGCAAGCAACUGGGGUAUACCGGUGAUCAUGAAAACUUUCAUAGCGUCUCUCUGGGUCAGGGACAAGAAGUUGUUGCCGAAAAUGCUAUUGAUGUGGCAUCUGAGAAAGGCCAUUGGGUUAUUUUACAAAAUAUACAUUUGGUUGCACGUUGGUUGCCAACAUUAGAAAAGAAAAUUGAAGCAUCAUUAAUAAAUGUACAUCCCAAUUAUCGCUUGUUUCUAAGUGCGGAACCAGCUGCGGAUCCAGCAUUUCAUAUAUUACCGCAAGGUAUCCUCGAGUCGGCUAUUAAAAUUGUUAAUGAACCUCCCACAGGCAUGCAGGCAAACAUACAUAAAGCUUUAGAUAAUUUCAAUGAAGAAACACUAGAAAUGUGUUCGAAAGAAACCGAAUUUAAGGCCAUUUUGUUCUCACUUUGUUAUUUUCAUGCUGUUGUAGCUGAACGUCGUAAAUUUGGUGCACAAGGUUGGAACCGUGUGUAUCCAUUUAAUGUGGGUGAUUUAACUAUUUCUGUAUAUGUGCUUUACAAUUAUUUAGAAGCAAACAGCAGAGUACCUUGGGAAGACUUACGUUACCUGUUUGGUGAAAUUAUGUACGGUGGACAUAUAACUGAUGAUUGGGAUCGUCGUUUAUGCCGCACAUAUUUGGAAGAAUUUAUGAAACCAGAAUUAAUAGAUGGUGAAUUGGAGUACUGUCCAGGUUUUUCAGCACCUGGUAUUUUGAAAUAUAAUGGGUACCAUGAAUAUAUUGAUGAAAAUUUGCCUACUGAAAAUCCAAACUUGUAUGGAUUACAUUUAAAUGCUGAAAUUGGCUUUCUAACAACAGUGUCCGCACGCCUCUUUCGCAUUGUAUUCGAAUUGCAGCCUCGUAUGAGUGGUGGUGAUACAGGAGGUGGAGAGUCAAUGUCUCAAGAUGACGUUGUUAAAUCUAUACUUGAGGACCUUUUAGACAAAGUGCCACAGCCAUUCAAUAUACUCGAAUUAAUGGGUCGUGUAGAGGAUCGUAAUCCAUAUAUUAUCGUGGCAUUCCAGGAAUGUGAACGUAUGAAUAUGCUUAUGGGUGAAAUUAAACGAUCUCUGCAUGAGUUGGAAUUGGGUCUAAAAGGUGAAUUGACGAUUUCAUCACAUAUGGAAACAUUAAUGCAAGCAUUGUUUAUGGAUAGUGUUCCUGAACAAUGGACCAAGUUAGCUUACCCUAGUUUAUUGGGUCUACAAUCAUGGUUUGCGGAUUUAUUGUUACGCUUGCGUGAACUGGAAGGAUGGGUUGCUGAUUUUCGCAUGCCCUCAUCUGUUUGGUUAGGUGGAUUCUUCAAUCCACAAAGCUUCCUCACUGCCAUUAUGCAGCAAACAGCACGUAAAAAUGAAUGGCCACUUGAUCGCAUGUGCUUAAAUUGUGAUGUGACCAAAAAAUACAAGGAAGAAAUAAAUUCCGCACCACGUGAAGGAUCUUAUGUUAAUGGCUUGUAUAUGGAAGGAGCAAGAUGGGAUAGCAAAUUCGGCACAAUAGCUGAUUCCUUCUUGAAGGAAUUAUUCCCCGCUAUACCUGUCAUUUACAUAAAAGCCGUUACGCAAGAUAAACAGGAUACUAAAAACAUUUAUGAAUGCCCGGUCUACAAAAUUCGCAUGCGAGGUCCCACCUUCGUAUGGACUUUCAACCUUAAAACCAAGGAACGGGCAUCUAAAUGGACUUUGGCUGGCGUUUGCAUAUUACUGCAACCUUAAUAUAUUUUGUAUUGCUUUUUUAUUGUUUUAAUUUUUUCUAUAUUUUGU